AUGGACGCCCCACCAACACAGCCUAUAAAUGUGGAAGAAGAUGAACUUACCAGACCGUACAAGCCGAUAGACGCAACGUUCCGGUCCAAAUUCACUCGAAGGAUCGCUAAGGCUCCUAUCAAGGAAAAACCCAAGAUGCCCCAAACGGUUGGCAAGUAUGAUGGUCUCGCCGACCCGGAUGAUCAUCUAAACUUAUUCAAGAGCGCCGGCGAAGUGGCCUGUUGGUCCAUGCCCUUAUGGUGCAAAAUGUUCGUACAAACGCUAGUGGGCGUGGCCCGAGUUUGGUGGGACAGCCUGCCCACAGGUGAAAUAGACAGCUUUGAAGACUUAGAAUCAAAGUUUAUCUUACAGUUUAGCCAGCAGCGCAGACACACGAAAGAUAGAAACGAGCUCCUCCACAUCCGUCGGCGAGAUAAUGAGACGGUAGAAAACUUUAUCAUCAGAUUUAACAAGGAAAGCCUGGCGAUCCCGGGCGUGACGAAUGAUCUGGCAUGUGGAGCUUUCCUCCAGGGGGUCAAUGAUGACGAGUUACUGAGAACGCUACAUGGAAGGGAUGGUGUACCCCCAACAAUUGAUGAAAUACUUCGAAUAGGCAAAGUAUACGUCAUACAAGAGAAGGCGGUAGCAGCUAGCCACGCAGCCAAUAGGAAGAAAGAAGCCCUAAAGAACCAGGAGGAAAAAGAUCACCGGGGAUCUAAAAGCAAAAGUAGGGGAGACCGAUACCAGAGAAACGACAAAGACGCGCGGUAUGACAGACACCGAAACUCCUAUUCAAGGAAUGAGCCGUCGAAACCUCGAUCCGAAUACCCCAACUUAAGCAACACACCGGCUGAAAUUUUAGCCUCAGAAAACCUCAGACUUAACCCACCAAAACCAUUGAAAGAUAACCCUAACAAGGAUACGAGUAAAUACUGUGAGUACCACAAAGGGAGCGGGCAUGACACCAACGAUUGUUUUCAGCUUAAGAAACAGAUCGAAUAUUUUGUAAAGUCGGGCAAAUUGGCACACCUAGUACGAGACAUCAAGCAAGGCCCGCCUGUCGUCAAAGAAGAAAAUGACAAGGCGCAGGCAAGAGGCCACGUGAAUUGA